AUGACAGACCCGGCGACCCAGGAGUCCUACGCUGUCCCAGACCCGACUAUUGUGGAUCCCUGCCCCGCCGUGGUGCGGAACGGCCAGUGCGCCCCGGAUGGCUUCAGCAACAACCAUCACCAGCAAGCCAAAACCCCCGGCCACCCCGAGGCGUUCACCACGGGCCAGGAGAUGAAGAUCACAGACAGCGUGGAAGGAGAAGGUCUUCUCGAGAGCAGCAUGCGCCUGAAGCCCCAUGAGGCUCAAAGCUACAGGAAGAAGGCACUCUGGGUCUCCUGGAUCUCCAUCGUGGUCACACUCAUACUGGCUGUUGCAGCUUUCACUGUAUCAUUUAUGAGACACAGCGCAUCAGCCUUCGGAUUUGCCUUUGAUGCCACGCUGGACGUCCUGUCAUCAGUCAUUGUCCUCUGGCGCUACAGCAAUGCAGCAGCGGUGCACUCUGCACACAGAGAGUAUAUAGCAUGUGUAGUCCUCGGGAUUGUGUUCGUUCUCUCCUCCUUGUGCAUCCUUGGAAAAGCCAUCCAUGAUCUGGCUACCAGGGUGCCCCCAGAAGUGGACGACUUCCUCUUCAGUGUGUCCAUAGUGAGCGGGCUCACAUGUGCUCUGCUGGCUGUGGCCAAGUUCAUGCUGGGAAGAGUGCUGACUAGCCGGGCACUUAUCACUGACGGGUUCAACUCUCUGGUCGGUGCUGUUAUGGGGUUUUCCAUUCUGAUCAGCGCCGAGGUCUUCAAGCACCACACUGAUGUCUGGUUUCUGGAUGGCACCAUCGGAGUCCUCAUUGGACUCAUCAUUUUGGCAUACGGCGUCAAGCUCCUGAAGGACAUGGUGCCCCGCGUGAGACAGACGAGGAACUACGAACGUUUCGAGUGAGAGCCGUGUGUGUUUUCAAGACGAGCAGGUUCACACGCACACACACCCACACACCUGGCUGCCUCCUGCCCUCCGCCCUCUCCUCUCUGUCUUUCAAACACACUUUAAUACACAUCACACCCGCACAUAUAGACUCUACACUCCCAUGCUCUCAUACACAUGAGCAUAUGCAGUACACACAUGCAUUCAUACAUUCAGAAAUGAGCAAACACACAUGCAUGCACACACACACACACAUACACAGACGUCUAAGAGACUUUGAGGGAAACAUGAUUGGAGACCACCUCCUGGAAAGAAAGCACUGCAGUUAAAUUCGUCUUUUCAGCUCUUCUGUCUGUGAAACCACCAGUUUAAAAAUGACACCUGGAAUGAGGAAACAGCCCGAGAACUGAGACUCCAGCUGGAGCUUUGGAUUUGUUCGACCUGGAUGUACAGUAACUGCUGCUUAAUGACACCGAUCACAUUGUAUUGUUGGUAUAAUGUCCAUCAUAAUUAAUCAAAUAAUGUUUUGUUUGUUUGUUUUUUAAUUUUUUUAGGCCUGCAUAGAAAAUUCAGGAUGAUUCCCAAAGAAAAUAACAUUUUUAGCAUGAUUAAAACAGACAGAGUUGCUGUAAAAACCUCAUCAUCAUCCUCCCUUCAAGGCUGCCACUAUACAUCCUAAUUUAUUACUGAGAGGGGGAGACAGGAAGUAAUAAGCAGAGAAAAAGGGACAGAAAGCAUAAGCUGUACCAAGUCAAACACUGAUUUCUCCAUCAGCGAACAGGGUGAGGUCCGUCUAGAAACUCUCCAACUUAAAGCAAACAGCAGUAAAGAGCACAGGAGACGCUGAGGACAAACAUUUGCCACGCGAUGGCUAUAAACUUAAGUGCACAAUUCAUUUAACCAGUUUAUGUUACAGUACAUUGCAUUGCCUACCGUGCUGUAUGUAAUGUAUCCAAGCACAAAUGAGCAAACUUCCCUCCAUGCACUGGUGGUGGCUGUUGCUGUCAGUUUAGCGCAGCACUCGCUUCAGCACAUUCAAACUAAGGAAUGAUUUUAGCCUGUUUUGUCUUAGCUGCUGGAUCUGACUCAACAUAUGUUGACAUAUGGUACAUAUCUUUUGAUUUGUUUACAGACACGCAUACCUUAGUCAGUUAUUUACUGAAAUCCAUUCAGUGUCUUCUCUUUUUUUUUACUUGAAACUCAGUUUUGACAAAGUUUUAGCAGGUAAGAACUGAGGAAUAGUAAUAAAAUCCAA